AUGACCUCAAACAGUAGGCCUAACUGUGCUGCUAUUCUGAAAGGUAAAUGAUGUGUACACAUUUCAUGGUUUGAAUAGCUUGCCUAACUAGCUACAGUUUGUUCAUGUAUUUUCUCAUUUUUAUGUGAAUCAAGUAUGGGGUUUUGAUAUUUUCUCUAGAUGUUGUUGCCUACGUUGAUGUGUGGUCAUCAAGUAAAACAGAGAAUUACUCUAAACCAUUCAUCCAGCAGCUGCAGGAUAUGGGAGCUGAGGCGAGUUACCCUUUUAUAGCUACACUGCUAACUAAUUACACAGAAGUUUGUUUUUACUAUGUGAAAUUUCACAUUGUGAUUUUCCCUGUGUAAUUCCAGGUAUCAAAAACCUUCAAUAAACAAGUUACCCACGUAGUCUUUAAAAAUGGCCAUCAAGCCACUUGGAAUAAAGCCAAGAAGACUGGUGUGAGACUUGUGUCUGUCCUUUGGGUGGCCAGGUAAACCUCAAGCUUCAUUUCAGUUUAUAUGCUUUUUUUCCUGAAAGUGCAUCGUCAUAGCAAUGACGACGAUGUAUCUUCAAUAUAUUUUGGUCUGCGUGAUGACAAGUCAGUGAUAUUACCAUGUUGUUGUUUUUGCAGUUAUUACAUCAGCCACAAGAUGUCACUGACAGACAAAUAAAAUAGUUGGGCGCUCUGUUAUCCUAUCACUCAUGUUGUUUUGGUUUAUUAAUGCAGAUGUAAAGAUGAUGGUGAACAUGUUAAUGAAGAGUUGUGUCCGGCAUUAAAUGAUGAAGUCAAUCCAGCACUCAAGAAAAGGGUGAUAAGCAAAUUUACAUUUCUUUGCUAGGUUAAAAUAAUUACUGUACGUAACUUUUCUUUGAUUACUGUCAUCAACUACUUGGCUGUCUAUAGUUAAACCAUAUUUACUUUAUUUCUUCAUUUAUUAUAUAGUUGAGCAAGGACUUUUUGCCUAAAAACAUGAAUAAUUAGGCUAUGGGUCUAAUUAAGUAUUUUUUUAUUGAAAGGGUCUAUUAAAGUUUUUCUGAGAUUCAUCCAAAUCUAAAAUAAUUGUAUAUAUUUUAUUUCAUACAGCAUCGUUGUAUGCAGCCAAGAGACACCCCUGAGAGAACCCCUGAGAAUGACAGGCGCAUGAAGAAAAAACUGGACAAGAUUAUCAAAGACCUAGUACCAAAAUCACCUCUUAGUAAGAAAUCUCUCUUCAUGUCUGACAUUUUGUGUGUGGAUGUGGUUUCAUAUUGAAAUGUAUUUCUGUUUAGUUACAGAUGUGUCCCCUUACAUUAUUGACGAAGAGAACGGAAUAGUUUUCAGCCCUUCUAUGAAAAGGUCUGACUCCAUGGCACAGCGCCUGAAAGAAAUGAGAGAGAAAAGGGAGAACCUCUCCCCGACCGGUAUGUUUUAUGUGUGUAUGGCCAAUUGUUUGAUGUGUAUAGUAUGUGUAGCAAAACAUGGGUCAGAGUCUAAUGUGAUAGAGCUGAGUUAUGUGGCAACUCUAGUUAAUGCUUUCUCUCAGCUUCACAGAUACAAUCUAGGUUAUCACCUGAGCUCAAGACUUCUCUUGGGAAUACACCAUCCCGCUCUUUCUUGCAACAACUGUGUAAGUACUUGGACAUAAGAUGCAUUGACGGUGUCAAUUAACAUAUAUUAUAUAAUAUUAUACAUUUCAGUAUCUUUUCUUAUUCUCAUAAUGGCAUAUCUUUCCCUAUGCAGAUGAAGAACCGGAUGAUGACUUUAAUGCAUCUGUUGGCUCAAAUAAGACAGAUGGAGAGAAGCAACAUGAAGCCACCAGUGAAACACAGCACAAGAAAGACUUUCAGAAACCUUGGAUGUCACCUUGCAGCGUUGUGCCGAGACAAAAGACAAGUAAUUUACCCAAUUCACCGGCUAAAGAAAAAGCAAGUAAACAAGACAAAAAUCCUAAAAGGACCUCAAUCAAAAGUGAUGUUAUCAAGAAACACAUCUCUUUAGAUAGUCCAUGCCGGGAUGACCUCCCGAAGGGUAGCAAGAGUGUGCAAUCAGUGUUUACAUUUGACAGUUUCGUAGUGGGAAAAAAUAGACGAUCAACCAGCAGAAGUAACAUGGCAAAAGUCAUACCACCUGUUAGGAAAAGCAGAACACCACAGUCCCUUCCAGAAAGUAAGCCAACUGCUAAUCUGGAGAUUUCUAGUUCUACAAUUUUACCAGAAAAACUCAAUGUGCCUCAUCAAACGUCCGUAAAGAUUACCAAACUGAAAUCAAAUGUGAGCCAACGAAGAAAAUCCUUGCUUCCUGCCUUGGCAAGAUCUUGCACUGUCUCGAAUGACUCUCAUGCCUCCUCCUGUGCAUAUGAUGAUGAAAAUGAUGGGGUAUUUGAGGACUUCUUCUCUCCAGCUAACAACCCUCGGAGACAACAAAGUCUCCUUUUGCCCAGCUUGUCAUCACUGUCCAAGGUUCUUGUUCCCUUUGAACUGGAGCCUCCGCCUAGCCCUGGGAAGAGGAAGAGGGGCAGGAGUGAAACCACAAGGUCUGAGUUAGUCAGUGCCAAAAAGAGAAAAAAUGAGGUGCCAAUUGUAAAAGAGACAUCCAGUGAGUCCAGCAGUGUAAGUAGCGUGUUGGAUCAACACGAGCACCCACACCAGGAUACAAAAGGACUUGCAUCCUCCGAGGACAAUAAUACAAAGCAAACUGUGACUAAAAGAAGUACGCAAAGCACAUUGUCAUUCUCUAGAGUGCCUAAAGACUCAACCGAUGAACUGACUAGUGCCCCUGAGAAGUGGAGCGCGUCAACAGAUCCCACGCACCUUUCAAAACCAAAUUUGACAGCGUCCAACAAAGCACUAGAUAAGCAAAACAGUUCGUAUCUCUUACCUCGGCACAAGGACAAUCGAGGGAAAAGUAGCCCACGUUUGGAAAGUAUGUGAAUUCUAAAACCUAAAUACUACAAGAUGUUGGGAUGUUACCAUGUCAUCAAUUUAAUCAAUGCAAUGGCAUUUAAGAGAUUGUUUUAGCAUGUUUUACUAAUCAAUAUAACUGAUCAACAUGAAACACCUUAGACUCAGGUAGUAAUAAUGUGCUGUAGAAUUGGCACUGUGGUUGUUCAUGGUUUCAUUAUCCACAUGAAUAUUUACAAUCUUUUCUCUGCAAGUGUCCCAAAAUGGGGUUUUAUUACAGCAACAGCAUAGCACUUAUUAGCCACAUCAGAAUUAUUACCUUGAUCAGUAUUUGUGAAGCAAAGGCUGAAAAAUGUUUACUUUUACAUUGGAAAAUGUUUGGCCAUGUAAGUUAAUCAUACUGUGUUUUAGUAUAGCCUAGUGUCAUUCCAGCACAAGUGGAAAACGAGAUUAAAUUAACUGUUUUAAUACUGAUGUGAUGGUACAUUUUCUAAUAAACCGAUGUUAACCUUUCUUUCCAGAAUGACCUUACUGACAAUAUCUGUUCGCAUGAUAGCCCCAUCGCACAGAAACACAAGUGAAUCAGCAUUCAGCAGGAAGAAAAUGCACCUGUGUGUGUGUUGUUUGUAACAUUUUCAACAUUUUCAGUUGUAGGCAGAGGAACUGCAUAUGCUGCAGCAGCUGGUGUCACAGACACAAUUUCUGACAAUUUAAGCAAACAGAAAAGACAAGUCAAUGUGGUGGACAAGAGUAUGGACAAAAAUACAAAGGUAACCAUCUUCUAAGUUGCUGUUGUGGUGUUCGCUGUAAUUGUUAUAGCCCAGCAUUUAAAGACGUUAAACAUACAAUAGCAUUUUCAACAAUGUUAUGGUUUAGAUGUAUUUCUUAGAUAUUGAUUAACUUGACAGUUUGAAUUAAAUACUACUUGGAAUUAAAUACAAUUCCUAAACUAUAAACUUGUCCUCUAUCGCUUGGUGAAACCAAACCGUGGAGGAACAUUGGCAUCUUUUUGCCUUUGUGUUCCAUUCCUUUUGAAUACAGCUGCUCAGAAAGUGUGCAGUACACGCAUGAGUAUUCAUGAGUAGUCUUUGAAGCUGCUGCCACAGGGGCUCUGUCUGUAGUCUUCAGGGGUUCCUGUGUGUUACCUCCAUGUUGGUAGCACAACAUCCUUGUCUGUGAAAAUGCACCUGGCUCAGUCUUUGUGUUCUCUCAACCUGAACAAAACUUCAGCUUUUAACACUGGUGAAAAUGGCUUUCAUCUUCCCUACGAAUCUUGUUUGAAUUCCCAUGUGAACUGUAUGAAUGAAUGAAGAGCCCACGUAAGAAGAGAACUCAUCAUGAGGUUAUGGAGUGCUCUUUUUGGAUUAGACUCAACCCCCCUCAGCAUCUGGACAAAGGUAGUCUUACCAAAAGCGGAAAGAAGUCAUGUGCAAGGGCAACAUCCAUGACAUAAACCACUUUUAGCCUCUUUGUUCUUCAGACAGUAUCAUAUGUAUCAAACUUAAGACAAUCAGUUUACUGAGGCACUAGAGUAUAGUGAUUUUAAGACACAAAGUCCUUUUAAAAUAACUCAUGUUUGGUGAAAAAUUGUUUGGGUUGAUGAAGCAUGGCAUCUGAUGUGUACUUUGUUCCCUUAGCAGCAAGGGGAGUUGUCCUGUAUGUGUAUCAUGCAGCAUUUGUAUGAUAACCUAAAGUAGAAAUGAGUACUUGGCUCUAUAAGAUGGCAUUGUGUAUGUGUCCUUAAAGAACUUCAGGAAACAUGAUGUCAUAACCACUUUAUUCAUAGCAUGUAGCCUAACCAUGUGAUUGUUGAAGUUUUUCAAUGCACGGCAAUUGCAAAUUAAGUCACUGUUCAAUCUUGACAAGUUGUAAUCUGUUCUUUGUACCCUCAAAGGUGAUUUUCAGUUGAAAUUGGCCCUCCCAGACCCCCAGAUGGAUUAGGACAAGGGCCUAUGGAAGUUGACCUCUUUCACUGUAUGAAUAGGGCCUGAGUCAUUUCAGUUUGCAUAGACUGGCCAUCAAGGGGACCUAGUCAUAUCCAAAAGAAUUUCCUUCAUUUGUGCAAGGCCCAUUGAAAUGGAGCCUGGUGCAACAGUUCACACCAACUCUUUGUCUCAUGUUUAUUUAGUGUGGACCCAUUCUUCAACUGCUGCAAGAACAUGUCCAUUGCAUAAGUGAAGCCAAAAAUUCCCCUUGAGGAACCUUCAAAACGUAGCUGUUGAAAUUCCUCAUAGUUUGUUUCUGGUUGAAGGAGUGAAAAGUGAAUAGAACUGCUAGUGCUUUAGGGUUGUUCCCUCUAACAGAAAGUCUUUGUGGCCUUUUUGAAGUCUGAAAAGCAUUCUCUUGCUCAGUAGCACACAAAAUUGCUACUGAAAACAUUGUUUCCCCCUGAUAAACACAUUUCUUUGGUAUUAGCAACUGCAGCAUUCUUUUCCAUCUCACUUAAUCAGCAUCCAUCACAGUGGUAAUGGUUUAUGUCCAUCUUAAAGAUAAGUAACUUAUUUCAGCACUGAGCUAAUCCUUUGUGAUUAAUGAUGACCCAAACCAUGUCAUGCUUUACUAAAGAAAGCUGAGAACCUUUUUCAACCAAUGAUGUGCAUUCAUAUAGGGGUUUUGGGUGUGUUAUAUGUCGGGUAUGGUAGAUUAAAAGGGUUCUUUUGUCAUGGAGGCUCUAGGUGGUGUUGAAAACCUUCAAAUGAAAAGCAAGGACUAUUUUGUAUUUCUAAAACCGUUAUUUAUUUGAGUCAUGAUGGCCCUCGGAUAAAAUGUCAAAUAAUCCUCAGCUCAGUCAAUAUACUGUGUUAACUUCUUCUCAACCUAAUGCCUGUUUUAAACCACCUCAACCCCUGCCGUAUGCUGCCUGUUUCCAACCCCUGCAUUGCAACCUUUUUAUUAGUGAUCACACCUGGCCACAUUGAUGUCACGGGCACCCUGUUAUGCCUGUAAAGCAGUCAUAUAUUGGGCUGUUAUGCCUGUAAAGCAGUCAUAUAUUGGUCUGUGUACUGGUGGGCUGUUUUGGCUGCCCUCUGCUCAGGAGGCCUUCACCCCAGACUUCCUGCUGGGGGACUGGAGAGCGGUUCCUGACAGGAAAGAGCCUGGUCGCCCUGUCUGUCUCUCUAACUGGCACUCAGGUGUUCAGUGCUAAUGGCCUGAUGUGUGGGGGGGCCACUGCACUGUGCACACAUGAUAUGGAUGGGACAGAACCACACUAACUAGGUUGAUAAUUCUAUUUCAAUACAGGUGCUCUCCAGCCUGUUUAUCACUGUUCAUGGCCUUGGGUUUCAUUUCCUCUUCACACAUCAAAUAUGCAGAUAUCCGGCAUGUGGUGUUCUUUUGAAAAUGAGCGAGAUACUGUUUACCUAUCCAGAGCUGUACCGCUGUGUUGCCCCUCAAUAUCAACAAUGGAACGCAAUAAGGAAACUAUUGAAAACUGAUAAAGCCUUUAACACUGCUAUUAUCCCAUGGUAAUUUUUUAGGUGUGUACUUUGUAUUGAACCUCACUACAUGCUAAUGUACUCUAAAGUGCAUAUAAUUGGUUUACAUUUGGUUGAUUUUUCAUUUCAGACUCUAAGGACAUUAGUUAUGACAAGCAUGCCCACCGAGUAAGUAUAUCCAACUGUAUGAUACAUCCACCUUUUGAAUGUUAGACAGAUUAUCAUUUGAUAGUGUCUUGUUGAAUUCAAUGCUUUGCUUUCUCAACCUAGGUAUUUAGAAAUCCCAUUUCAGGUUUUCCUCUUUUGUCCUCUGGUUCCUCAGAAAGCAGCACACAGUGACCCAGGUGGUAAGAGCUCUGGGUGGGUUCUCAGUGGUGGACCAGGUGUGUGAGAGCACUACCCAUGUGGUGUCAGGGAGCCACCGGCGGACCCUCAACAUUCUCCUGGGCAUCUCCCGUGGCUGCUGGAUCCUCUCUUUUGAGUGGGUAUGUAUGUUAUUUGUGUGGGUCUUUGGCAACGUGAAUUAGCUGAUUUAGAUUUUUUGAAUGUUAGUUGAAGAACACAACGCUGUUUAGCACACGUUGUACUGUAGAUUGUACAUUACACAUUUAAUAAUAAUAUGCCAUUUAGCAGACGCUUUUAUCCAAAGCGACUUACAGUCAUGCGUGCAUACAUUUUUUGUGUAUGGGUGGUCCCGGGGAUCGAACCCACUACCUUGGCGUUACAAGCGCCGUGCUCUACCAGCUGAGCUACAGAGGACCACAUGAUUUUGCCAUCCAUAGCUCAAGAAUCUGGCCAAUGGUAAACUCUGGUAAUUUUCCCCUAAACAGAUUUUGUGGUGUUUGGAGCAAAGACAAUGGAUUCCAGAAGAACCAUAUGAACUUUCAGAUCAGUUUCCAGCAGCACCUGUAA